CAGUAUUAAUUUCAUGUAUAUUUUCCAUCCCUUAUAGUAAAGAGUAUUUGAGUAGAAAAUGGAAUCAUGGAUGUGGUGUUUCCUUCUCUGUUCCCAUUUGCUCAUCCUUUAUUUUUCACCCUCUCAUUCCUUAUGCCACCCCCAUGACACCUCUGCCUUGCUCCACUUCAAAAACUCCUUUACUAUUAAUACUAGGUAUGAACAUUAUGAUUUUCGUUAUUAUUCUUAUGAUGCAUGUGAUACUGUUGGUUAUUCUUCAAAGACGAGAACAUGGGAAAAUGGGACAGAUUGUUGCUCUUGGGCUGGAGUCACCUGCCACCCCAUCUCAGGUCACGUCACUGACCUCGACCUCAGCUGCAAUGGCCUUCAUGGCAAAAUCCAUCCAAACAGUACGCUUUUCCAUCUUUCUCAUCUUCACUCACUCAACCUUGCUUUCAAUGAUUUUGAUAAAUCUCAUUUGUCAUCUCUCUUUGGUGGGUUUGUGAGCCUCACUCAUCUCAACUUGUCUUAUUCGUACUUUGAAGGGGAUAUUCCUUCCCAAAUCUCUCACCUUUCCAAAUUAGUCUCACUUGAUCUCUCUGAUAAUGAUUUUUUAGAGUGGAAGGAAGACACUUGGAAGAGAUUGCUCCAAAAUGCAACAGUUUUAAGGGUGCUUGUCUUGGAUAAAACACAUAUGUCUUCCAUUUCAAUCAGGACACUCAAUAUGUCUUCCUCUUUGGUUACUCUUAGUCUAGUACAGACUGGGCUAAGAGGAAACUUGACAGAUGGCAUUCUCUGUUUACCAAAUCUUCAGCACUUGGAUCUUUCAUUUAAUUGGGACCUUAAAGGUCAGCUUCCAGAAAUGAGUUGUAGAACAACUUCUCUUGAUUUCUUAGAUCUUUCAAAAUGUUGUUUCCAAGGGUCAAUCCCUCCCUCUUUCUCCAACCUCAUACAUCUCACUUUCCUGGACCUUUUAGAUAACAACCUCAACGGUUCAAUCCCUCCCUCUUUCUCCAACCUCAUACAUCUUACUUCCUUGUAUCUCUCAGAUAACAACCUCAACGGUUCAAUCCCAUCCUCACUCUUAACCCUCACACAUCUUACUUUCUUGGAUCUCUCAUAUAACCAACUCAGUGGUCAAAUCCCAGAUGUCUUUCCUCAGUCAAACAGCUUUCACGAAUUGCAUUUGAAUGAUAACAAAAUAGAGGGUGAGCUGCCAUCAACACUUUCAAAUCUUCAACAUCUCAUUCUCUUGGAUCUUUCAGAUAAUAAAUUGGAGGGCCCUCUGCCUAACAAUAUAACAGGGUUUUCAAACCUAACAUCGUUAAGGUUAAAUGGAAACUUACUGAAUGGGACAAUUCCUUCUUGGUGUUUAUCUUUGCCAUCUUUGAAGCAGUUAGAUCUAUCAGGAAACCAACUCUCUGGGCAUAUUAGUGCAAUCUCAUCAUAUUCCUUGGAGACAUUGUCUUUAUCCCACAACAAGUUACAAGGCAAUAUUCCAGAAUCAAUUUUUAGCCUUCUAAACCUUUAUUACUUAGGUCUAUCAUCAAACAAUCUAAGUGGAUCUGUCAAAUUUCAUCGUUUCUCCAAGCUUCAAUAUUUGGAAGAACUUCACCUUUCAUGGAAUGAUCAGUUAUCACUAAAUUUCAAAUCCAAUGUCAAUUAUAGUUUCUCUAAUUUAAAGUUGUUGAACUUAUCUUCUAUGGGUUUAACUGAAUUUCCAAAAUUAUCGGGAAAAGUCCCAAUUUUAGAAUCACUCUAUUUGUCCAACAACAAACUUAAAGGUAGAGUGCCAAAUUGGUUGCAUGAAAUAUCGUUAUAUGAAUUGGACCUCUCUCAUAACCUAUUGACGCAAUCAUUGGACCAAUUCUCGUGGAACCAACAACUUCUUUACCUUGAUCUUAGUUUUAACUCAAUCACUGGUGGCUUCUCUUCCUCAAUUUGCAAUGCAAGUGCAAUUGAGAUUCUCAACUUGUCUCACAACAAGUUGACUGGAACCAUUCCACAAUGCCUUGCUAACUCAUCAUCCCUUCAAGUUUUGGAUCUACAACUGAACAAGCUUCAUGGCACUUUACCAAGCACCUUUCCAAAGGACUGUGGGCUCAGAACUCUGGAUCUCAAUGGCAACCAAUUAUUAGAAGGCUUUUUGCCAGAAUCUUUGUCCAAUUGCAUUUAUCUGGAGGUUUUAGAUCUUGGAAACAAUCAAAUAAAGGAUGUGUUUCCCCAUUGGCUUCAAACUCUACAAUAUUUGGAAGUAUUGGUUUUGAGAGCCAACAAGUUGUACGGUCCCAUUGCCUGUUUAAAGACCAAACACGGAUUCCCCAGUUUAGUCAUUUUUUAUGUCUCUUCCAACAACUUCAGUGGCCCAAUACCAAAAGCCUACAUUAAAAAAUUUGAAGCCAUGAAGAACGUUGUUCUAGAUGCCUAUAGCCAAUACAUGGAAGUUUCUUUAAAUUUUUCUUAUUAUGGACCCAACUACGCUGAUUCUGUGACUAUAACAACAAAAGCAAUUACUAUGACAAUGGAUAGAAUUCGAAAUGACUUUGUAAGCAUUGAUUUAUCGCAAAACAGAUUUGAAGGAGAGAUUCCAAGUGUCAUUGGGGAGCUUCAUUCACUCAGAGGACUCAACCUUUCCCAUAACAGACUUAUUGGUCCUAUUCCCCAAUCCAUGGGAAAUUUGAAAAACUUAGAAUCAUUGGAUCUCUCCUCAAAUAUGCUCACUGGUCGGAUACCUACAGAAUUAACCAAUUUGAACUUUCUUGAAGUGCUAAAUCUUUCCAAUAACCAUCUUGUGGGAGAAAUACCUCAAGGAAAAAUGUUCGGUACUUUUUCCAAUGAUUCCUAUGAGGGAAACUUGGGGUUAUGUGGACUCCCAUUGACAACAGAAUGCAGCAAGGGCCCUGAACAACAUUCUCCACCUUCAACUACCUUCAGGAGAGAACCAGGAUUUGGAUUUGGUUGGAAACCAGUGGCUAUAGGAUAUGGAUGUGGAGUGGUCUUUGGAGUGGGAAUGGGAUGUUGUGUAUUGUUAAUAGGAAAGCCUCAAUGGCUUGUGAGAAUGGUUGGAGGUCAACUCAAUAAAAAGGUGAAAAGGAAGACAAGGAUGAGAUCUAAUGAAAAUGGUAGCAGAAUGAAUUAGUUGAUAUAUGGCAUGACUGGAGAAUGUCUUGUUACAUACCUGCCAUCUUUGAAAACAAAACUUAAGGGCAAGAAACAUAUCACACUACAUUGCAUGGGAGAUCUGGUUCAAAGUUUUGCUGUAAUAUGAAUGUGUUAUACUUUUGCUUUUGUUGUGUGUUCUUUUUUUUGUUUGCUAUGUGUAGAAGAGUGCCAUGUAUUGAGCUUGCAGUUUUGAUUUAUUUAAUACGUAUAACUGUAGCAUUAAUUGGUUGUAUAAUAAUAGAUGUUGUAUAUUUUUUAAAAUGCUAUGUAUUGGCCAAUGCUAAAAUAUAUUGUAUCUUAAUUCAAGGAGCUGAAUUCACGGUUUUAGCUUC